GAUUCGAAUUUUUUUUGUCGAAUCUCUAAAAAAAUGCACGUUUUCUUUGCAAAAAUUACAAGGUUUUGUUCUGUAAGACAUAGUUUUGUUGGAAGGAAAAUUUUAGGAGGCCAUGGAUGUAUUUUUGUGUGUAGAAAUCUUUCACAAGAGUUUACACAUGAUUUUGAAGAUGACCACCCAGAAACGCAAGAAAUUUUAAGAAAAUUGAGGCAGAAACAUCAUCAUUAUGGAAUAACUGGACACCAGAAGAAAAUACAAGAUGUUAUGGUGAUAGAACCUGACUAUAAAUGGGGAAGACAUAGGUUUCAGAAAGCAACAGCAAGCCAUCGUUUAGAAGAAGCCUGUGGACUUGUUGAGGCAAUAAGCAACUGGCAGGUCAAGUUUAAGUCCAUAGAAUCUGUUCGUAAAAUAGACCAUAAAAUGUUCUUUGGGAAAGGAAAAAUAGAGGAAUUGACAGAGAGAAUUAAUCAAGCUAAAGCCAGUGAUUCAUUAGAUGUUGUAUACAUUGACGUUGGAAGACUAUCCGCUGGUCAAUAUAAAGAACUAGAAAAAUUAUGGGAUGUGAAAGUGUUAGACCGCUUUGGUAUUGUCCUUCAAAUAUUCAAAGAGCGAGCUAAGACUGGAGAAGCUAAAAUCCAAGUUGAAUUGGCAGAAAUUCCUUACUUAAAGUCUCGAUUAGUUGGCGAUGAAACAGUUAAAUAUGACCAACAGCGUGGUGGCACACACUACAUUGGAGGCAGUGGAGAAACACAACUUGAAAAAGAACGCAGAGUUUUAUCUGAAAGAGAAAUAAAAAUCAAGAAAAAACUGGAGAAUCUAAAGAAACAUAGAAAUCACAUCCGACAUGAAAGGCACAAGAGACAUGUUCCAAUUGUAUCUGUUGUGGGAUACACUAAUGCUGGAAAGACCACAUUGAUCAAAGCAAUAACGGGUGAUGCCAAAAUGAAACCUGAUAACAAAUUGUUUGCAACACUGGAUGUAACAGCACAUGCUGGUAAACUUCCAUCAGGAUUGCAUGCAUUGUUCAUCGACACUGUUGGGUUUGUGUCAGAUCUUCCUCCAGAACUAGUGGAUUCCUUCUCUGCCACACUUGAGGAUGUUGUCAACUCGGAUCUCAUUGUCCAUGUACAAGACAUCAGCCAUCCUGACCAUGAGGCUCAAAGAGAAGAUGUCAUGUCUAUUCUUAAACAACAGCUUAAACUUAAAACACCAUUGCUUGACAAUAUUGUAGAAGUGAAUAAUAAAGUUGACUUAUGCUCAAAGGAUUUUUUGGAUGAGAUAAGCAUGCCAAACACUAUUCAGUCUUCUGCAUUACGCGGUACUGGUUUAGAUGUACUGUUGAGUAAGAUAGAACAGGGGAUUCUACAAAGUACUGGCAGAAUGAUGAGGAAGGUUGUCAUUCCUCCUGAAGGGCCACAGCUAAGCUGGUUGUAUCACGAAGCAACAGUACAAGCUACUGACGCCGACGAAGAUGGUUUUAUCACCGCUACAGUCAUCAUGGACGAAGCUACGAACAAAAAGUUUGAAAAGAAAUUCGGAAGCAUUUUAACGCCUUUUAUUUUUAAAGUGUCAUCGAAAGAAACUAGAAAGAAAAAGAAAAACAAGCAAUAACAACGAUGAUAGAUUAAAGAGACAUAAACCCAAAAAGAACAUUGAUGUAGUUUCAUAACUUAAAAUGUAAAAAGACUAAUAGAUAGUCUAACUGAUAGAUAUUAAAAAAUUGUUUUCGUUAUCCAACGC